AUGCUCCGAUUACAUCUUCGAAAAGAAUCCAAGAUGGACGUGAACAAUGUCGAGUAUCCAGAAGAAUUCGUCAAGUUUCUAAACGCUUCGCCAACACCUUUCCACGCCGUCAAGAACAUUAAGGACCACCUCCUUCAGCACAAUUUCCAGCAGCUCAGAGAGGAGGAAAACUGGUUUAGCAUUUUAGAUCAGGGCAAAGGCUAUUUUGUCACCAGAAAUGACUCGGCCAUAAUUGCCUUUGUCGUUGGCAAGCAGUACGUGGGUGGUAAUCCGUUUGCAAUUGUUGGUGCGCACACUGACAGCCCCGUCUUGAAAAUCAAGCCUAUUUCCAAAAGAACGAAUGAGAAAUACGAUCUUAUCGGUGUGGAAUGUUACGGGGGCGGGAUCUGGCACUCGUGGUUUGAUGCUGACCUUGCUCUGGCAGGAAGAGUUAUUUAUCGCAAGGACAGCACAGAGGGGUACCAAUUGGAGACGAAACUAGUGGACUUGAAAAAACCUCUUUUGAAGAUUCCAACUCUGGCCAUCCACUUGGACCGUGACGUGAACCAAAAAUUCGAAUUCGACAAGGAGAACCAAUUGCUACCUAUUGCUGGACUGCAGGCGAAACAAGUCAACGCAGACGCGCAUUGUCCCGCACAAGAAGCUCAAAGUGACACAUUCUUUUCUAUAAAAUCCGUUGUCGAGAGACAUCAUCGCGAUUUGGUGGAUAUGGUCGCAAAAGAACUCGAAAUCAAGAGUGAGCAAAUUGAGGAUUUUGAGUUGACCCUUUAUGACCACAAGGCCUCGUGUCUUGGCGGGCUACACGAUGAGUUUGUCUUUUCUGGAAGACUUGACAACUUAACGUCGUGUUUUACAGGUAUGUACUCCCUCACGGACUCGAUUCAAGAGGGCAAAGAUAGUCGGUGUGUCAAAGUGUUGGCCUGUUUUGACCACGAAGAAAUUGGAUCGUCUUCUGCGCAGGGUGCCGACUCUAAUUUUUUGCCCAGCGUACUGGAAAGACUUGCAAUUCCUAAAUGGCACAGCCAAACCGACACGGAGGCCCUGGGCGAGGUUAAUCUCAUGAAACUGGCUGCGAGGAAGUCAUUUUUCCUGUCGUCCGAUGUAGCUCACGCUGUUCAUCCAAACUAUGCGGGCAAAUACGAAGUCAAUCACAAGCCCAUGAUUGGCAGUGGUCCUGUUAUCAAGAUCAAUGCCAACCAGCGCUAUAUGACCAACACUCCGGGUUUGGUGCUUGUAAAAGCUCUUGCAGACCGUGCCAAAAUACCCUUGCAAUUAUUUGUGGUAUCCAACACGUCACCUUGUGGUUCAACAAUUGGGCCAAUUAUUGCCUCCAAAACUGGCAUCCAAACUUUGGAUUUGGGUAACCCAGUUCUCAGUAUGCAUUCCAUUCGCGAAACAGGUGGUUCUGACGACCUACAGUCCCAGAUAGAAUUGUUCCGCGAGUUUUAUCAAAAUGGUACUGAAAUUCUUGAAAGUGGCUACGUUAAGACUUGA